CAAUCCCUCCCCUACAAAUAUCCCAAUCCCCUACUUCACUCUCUCUCCUUGCUAUUCUAGUCUCUUUGCGUUCCUCUUUCAGAACCUUAUCUUCUAACAAAGCGCUACACACAGCGCAGCCAUGUCUUCCUCCGCCUCUUCCCUCCAUUUGCUCUCUCUAACUCCCAACUCUUUCGCUCUCUCCAACUCCAAACCCACCACAGCCGCUGUCUCACUCUCUCUCUCCUCCAAGUCCCCUCCCAAGUCCAUCUCCAUAUAUACUUCCUCAUUUCUUCUCUCUCCUUCUAGACCCUUCGAAGCCUCCUCGCCUUCCAAGUUCGUACGAAACGUUGCGGUUUCAUCCGAGUACGAGCAAGAAGAGGACCUAUUGAGCGAUGCAGAGGAACCCAGUUUCUCUCCUGCUCUCAAACUCUUCGUUGGAAACUUACCUUUCAAUGUCGACAGUGCUACUCUUGCUGGGUUGUUCGAACGAGCUGGAAAUGUCGAGAUGGUUGAGGUUAUAUAUGACAAGAUAACUGGAAGAAGCCGAGGGUUUGGCUUCGUGACAAUGUCUACAGUUGAUGAGGUUCAGGCAGCUGCUCAGCAAUUUAAUGGCUAU